UUAUAAAGCUACAUUAUAUAAGUAGGAUGAGGAAAAGUAGGUUAAUCAUAGUUAUAUUUGUUGAAAGAGAAGUAUUUGAUUGGUUGUAUUUGUCUGAACAGAAUGAGCUGAGUUUUUGUUUGGUUAACUGAAUUUGAGAUUGUAUGAGUAGAUAUAAUAGUUGAUUAUGAUUGUUUACUCGUGUAAAGAUGAUUUUAUAUCAUGUUUUUUCCUCUGCCAGCUUCUCUUUCUAACAUUUUGUUGGCAUGCGCCAACCUGAUCUGGUUGGUACUGCGCUUUCACAGAUUCAAAGACAUGUCGACCGUGCCCUUCACAAGUAUCAUGUAACGAUUUCUAGGCAGAUUGAGGGCCUCCGUCAUCAAGUGGGACGAUUGGCGCAUACGUGUUCCAAUUGCCAUUCUGGUGAACACACCAGAUUAGAGCCAAGCCAGGAGCAUGUUGCUGCCAAUGGAUCAGACACAAACAUUCAGCUGCGUUUCCUGAAUGAUUGGAAGCCACCUAUUUACACGGAUAAGGAGAUAACAGAUGAGAACAAUGCGGCUAUCAAAGUUGCAGUGUUUGGAGGUGACAAGAUAAUCAAAACUGGUCCGCUUUCCAAAGCAAAAAUUGAGAUCUUGGUUCUCCAUGGUGGCUUCUACAACAAAUGCCGGGAGAACUGGACUGAAUAGGAGUUUGACAAGCAUAUAGGGAUAGGUCGAGAUGAGCAAGGGCUUGUGCUGGGGACUGCGUGGUUGGCCAACGGAGAGGUAGAACUCAGCCAGAUCCGAUUCAAGGAAGGGUCAUGCAAGAAGAAGUUCAGCAUGGCUGCAAGAGUUUGCAAGAACCAAAAUACUGCUGGUCGGGUUCGAGAAGCUAUCAUGAAGCCAGAGAAGGUUAAGGAUUGCAGAAACGAAUGUAAGAGUCCGGACUUUUCUUGUCAGGUUUCCUAUUCUUGUCAGGUUUCCCAGGAUCAGGUCACGGCAACAAUUGUUAGUAAGCACACAGGCCCUGCAUAAUGCAGUUUUAAGCUGUACAAAGCUAUGUUCUCUAGUAGGUAAUGUAGGGUGUUUAUCGUGUGAUGCUUCUGUAACAUGGGCAUUACUAGCCAUUGUACUAGCAUGAUGUAAAUGCUACCUUUCUGUUGUUUGUUUCCGUGUGUUUGCAAAUGUACA